GGGAGCGCGAGGUGAAAGGGCGGCCUAUGCACCGAGGACAGAAUCGCGGCCGAGCAUGAUGGCGGCGGCGGCGGCGGCGGCGGCGGCCUCUCUGUGCCGGGGGAGCGUUUGGCAGCAGUGGCGAUACAGGCAUCUGGAGCGGUUCUUCGUGUCGCCAACGAAUAUUGUACAGCUUGCAGGAUUUAGAUGGUGCCUUAUCACUUCUCAUGGCUUUCACUCAACGGUUUAUAAUCCAAAUGAAAAGACUUUUGAUAAGCUUCUUAUUGCAAAUAGAGGAGAAAUUGCCUGCAGGGUAAUUAAAACAUGCAAGAAGAUGGGAAUUAAAACAGUUGCCAUACACAGUGAUGUUGAUUCAAAUGCUGUCCACGUGAAAAUGGCCGAUGAAGCAGUCUGUGUUGGCCCAGCUCCCACUAGUAAAAGCUACCUCAACAUGGAUGCUAUCAUGGAAGCCAUUAAAAAAACGCGGGCCCAAGCUGUUCACCCAGGAUAUGGAUUCCUUUCAGAAAAUAAAGAAUUCUCCAAGCGUUUGGCAUCAGAAGGUGUUGUUUUCAUCGGACCAGAUAUGCAUGCCAUUCAUGCAAUGGGAGACAAGAUAGAAAGCAAACUGUUAGCCAAGAAUGCAAAGGUCAAUACUAUACCGGGUUAUGAUGGGGUGAUAAAGGAUGCAGAUGAAGCUGUCCGAAUUGCAAGGGAAAUUGGCUACCCUGUGAUGAUCAAGGCUUCGGCAGGUGGUGGUGGAAAAGGCAUGAGAGUUGCAUGGAAUGAUGAUGAAGCCAGGGAAGGUUUCAGGUUUUCAUCUCAAGAAGCUGCUUCAAGUUUUGGUGAUGAUCGGUUAUUAAUAGAAAAAUUUAUUGAUAAUCCUCGCCACAUAGAAAUUCAGGUAUUGGCUGACAAACAUGACAAUGCAUUAUGGCUGAAUGAAAGGGAAUGUUCAAUUCAGAGAAGAAACCAGAAGGUUAUUGAAGAGGCACCAAGCACCUUCUUGGAUGCCGGAACACGUAAAGCUAUGGGAGAACAGGCUGUAGCUCUUGCCAGAGCUGUAAAAUACUCAUCAGCGGGAACAGUGGAAUUCCUUGUGGAUUCAAAAAAAAAUUUCUAUUUUUUGGAAAUGAAUACUAGACUGCAGGUUGAACAUCCCAUCACAGAAUGCAUUACCGGUUUGGAUCUGGUCCAAGAAAUGAUCCGUGUUGCUAAGGGAUACCCUCUCAGGCACAAGCAGGCUGAUAUUCCCAUCAACGGCUGGGCAGUUGAAUGUCGAGUAUAUGCGGAGGACCCUUACAAAUCUUUUGGUCUGCCCUCUGUUGGCAGAUUGUCUCAAUACGAAGAGCCCCUGCAUGUCCCAAAUGUUCGUGUUGACAGUGGCAUACAGCAAGGAAGUGAAAUCAGUAUUUAUUAUGAUCCCAUGAUUUCAAAACUGAUCACCUAUGGAUCCAACAGAAAUGAAGCUUUGCAAAGAAUGGAAGAAGCCUUGGAUAAUUAUGUUAUAAGAGGUGUUACUCAUAAUAUAGCAUUGCUUCGUGAGGUAAUAAAGCAUCCACGCUUUAUCCAGGGAGACAUCAGCACGAAGUUUCUUCCUGAGGUGUAUACAGAAGGCUUCAAAGGGCACAGAUUGAAAGACUCUGAAAAAAUGGAGCUACUAGUAAUAGCAGUGUCUCUAUAUAUGGCUGAACAACUUAGAUCACAGAGAUUUCUGGGAACUCCAAGGAUUUCCCUUGCUCAACCUGAUAAAAAAACCUGGGAAUUAUAUGUCCAGCUUGGAGACACAACUCAUUCAGUUGUAGCUUCUCGUCAAGGAUCCACUUACUUCGUGGAAGUCAAUGGAAGAAAACUUUGUGUGACCGGUGAAUGGAAUUUGGCUUCAGCUGUGUUAUCUCUUCAAGUGGAUGAUGUUCAUAGAACUGUCCAGUGCCUUUCUCGAGAUGCUGGUGGAAAUCUUAGCAUUCAGUUUCUUGGAACAGUGUACAAAUUACGUGUGUUGAGCAAACUUGCUGCAGAACUGAGCAAAUACAUGCCAGAAAAAGUUACGGAGGAUAGCACAAGUAUCAUAAGAUCGCCAAUGCCUGGAGCAGUAGUGGCAGUUUCUAUAAAACCUGGUGACAUGGUUGCAGAAGGUCAAGAAAUUUGCGUGAUCGAAGCUAUGAAAAUGCAGAACAGUUUGGUUGCUUCUAAAACUGGCAAGGUGAAAGCGGUACACUGCAAAAUCGGCGAUACUGUUGGGGAAGGAGAUGAACUUGUGGAAUUGGAAUAAAUCAUUUCUUUCUAAAUUUACCACAGUCAGAGUAGCUUAUUUUAUGGUCAACCAGAAAUUAAAAUGAAUGUUUAUGAAUGCAAAGGAGUUAUGGAAACUCAACUAUUGCUACACUUUUUUUUUUAAUAUUACAAAAAACCAAAAACAAAGUAAAAAUGGAGUGAGUUGAUUUAGGUGAGCUUUCACAAUUUAAAUUAACAUUUCCCUGAAACUCGCACUUCACUACAUUAUAAAUAUUUGUACAUAUGAGAUUUGUAAUUCUUUUCAUUAGAUCUAUUUACAUGAACAAAAUUAAUAAAAUCAAAUUUUGGCUUAUAAA